CAGAUAGAUGGACGCAGCAAUAAAAGAUGGCGGCGUCUUGUGUUCAUCCCGGGGCGUUGCUGCGUGACAUCCUUGAAGUCGCUUUGCCCUGAAGUCGCAUAGCUCCACGACCGCGUUUAUAGCGACGCUUUACAUCAAUGUCGCUGUCAGUGUGUCUUGGGUCUUCAAUUGAAAGUCCUUUAGCAUUUUACGUGACAUCCCUUCCAUUCUCGUUACCGCGGGGAUUGUUUUCUCGUUGCGUUGUUCCCCGUUCGUCCGCAAUACGGUUUUUUUCGGAACGAUAGUUACACAAACACGGACAUGUCUGAUGGACGAGCUCGGAUGAUGAGGAAAGUCCAGAAACAAGGCUCAGCUGAUUCCAUUUACAGCCAGCCUUCCUCGGAUCUGUCGUUGGAUGAGGAGAGAGAAGCCCUGCGACGCGAAACGGAACGCCAGGCUCUCACGCAAUUGGAAAAGGCGAAAUAUAAACCGGUAGCUUUUGCUGUGAGGACGAACGUUGCUUAUAAUGGUUCCGAGGACGACGACUCACCUGUUCACGGAAACGCCAUCUCGUUCGGCGAGAAGUACGACAACGAAUGGUGGAUAGGAAGGCUCGUCAAGGAAGGCUGUGACGUGGGAUUUAUUCCAUCGCCCGUGAAACUCGACUACGUGCGCCUGCAACACGCGCAGACAAAGAAUUCCAAAUACUCCACCAAGACGUCAUCAUCCGGAAACCUGGGCGCUCUCAGUGACGUUUCCACUUCCGGUGGUGGCAUUGAUGGGGAAAGAAACGGAGUCGAAUCUGUUGGUGGAGAUGACUCGGAUUCACUGAGUAACCAAAAGAGUGGCGGAAAAGGAGAUGCAGGGAAAGGAAAGAAGGCGUUUUUCAAAAAGCAGGAACACGUGCCUCCGUACGAUGUCGUACCGAAUAUGCGACCGGUCGUCCUCGUUGGACCUUCCUUGAAAGGCUAUGAAGUGACCGACAUGAUGCAGAAGGCUCUGUUCGACUAUCUGAAGCAUCGAUUCGAAGGGCGGAUAAUCAUCACCCGGGUGACUGCUGAUAUAUCUUUGGCCAAACGAUCUCUACUCAACAAUCCUUCCAAACGGGUGAUCAUGGAGAAGUCGGAUCGGUCGACGUGUUUGGCAGAAGUUCAAGCGGAAAUAGAGCGAAUCUUCGAACUCGCACGGACGCUACAGCUUGUCGUUCUUGACUGUGAUACUAUCAAUCACCCUUCUCAACUGGCCAAGACGUCGUUGGCUCCUAUUAUUGUAUACGUCAAAAUAUCGUCUCCGAAGGUCCUGCAACGUUUGGUGAAGUCACGCGGGAAACCGCAAAGCAGAAAUCUGAGCGUGCAAAUGGUGGCAGCGGAAAAGCUGGCGCAAUGCUCGUCCGACAUGUUCGACGUUGUUCUGGACGAGAACCAGUUGGAGGACGCUUGCGAGCACAUCGCAGAGUACCUGGAGGCCUAUUGGAGAGCAACCCAUCCGCCGUCGCAAACAGCGGGCCCUCCAAUGCCUUCGACGAACCGGAUACCGCCCGGAAUGGCGGCUAUGAUGCCCGGAAUGGGCCAUAUGCAGGGACACAUGUCCGUGGGGGGAGCCUCGCCGGACGCCGGUUUUUCGCCACCCGGACGACCGUCUCAGCAUCAUGCUCAGUACAAGCAUGAUGCUGCUUAUGCGCGGACCAAUUCCUCUCCUCUUUCGAUGACUUUCGGUUAUCAAGCUCCAAUGGGUCGAACAGAUUCGCUGCAUGACUCGGCUGACUUCUUGCCGAUGAGUGAGCGGCGUCAAUUGCCACAAGUGCCACAGCGUCGCCGGGACAUGCCGCAGCCGCCGAUGCAAGUGGGACCCGGCGGUACCAUGCACCAGCUCGCUGCGUCCCGGCUCCAGCACCACCCACAGCACCAUCCACAAGCGAUGGCGUCUAAUACGUCAUCGUCUUCGCGCCAUCCACAAGCCCCACGUCGCCUCCCUCACAUGGAUCCAGACAUGGAUGCUGAAGAUUUGGACGCGGAACAGGACGAGUACUUUAUGGAGCCCCCUUCGCGGCGUCCUGUCAGUGCUCUUUGACAACAGUGAAGUUGUUCCCGAAUCCCCCAGGGUUGUUUUUUUUUGUCUCCCUUUCUCAAGGAACGUGGUGAUGCAAAGUCGGUACUAUUUUUCAUCACCGUUCGCGGCGUUCCCGCUUUUCUUUUUUCUUCUGCUUUUCCGAUCAAAUCUCCGCCCCGAAGCCUGCUCAAGAAGCAGGAAUUUGAAUCUCUUUAAAUCGGAUGGAUGAAUACGGAUCUUCCCAGCAGUUUUGCGAAGUUUUAUUUUCAGGUUUCUCAGACCUUGAAACAAACUGCGCUUGGUGAAUGGAAAAGUACUGAAGGAGUUCGUGACAUUUUCAUUGACCAAAUCAUGCAAAUUAUGCAUGGAUAUAUGCAUUUAAACUGUCCAAACCUUUUUCAUUUUAUGGUGAUUUUUUUAUCGGUUGAAGAGGAUGGCUCGAAGGAAGCUGCCUUUAGUCAGUUAUGGGAAGAAUCUUGUCUUCUUUGAACUUCGAAGUUCGAUUGAGUUGAUUGAUGUACACCACGCAGUGAUUGAAUUAGCUUGGGCUAAACGUUUAAUCAGAGUCGGAUUUGCGUUGGAUUUCAUCAUACUGUACUGAUUUGAGUUACCGUAUUAUCUUCCUACUUUUUUAUGCUGGACGAUUUGUGGUCAUCCAUCAUUUGACAUGCGAAUUGCUCUGCGGAAUUUCUCUACUCACCGUUUAUCUGAUACUUCAGAAAUUCCCGUGUCGACUAAAAACCUACGAGAGUUUGCCAAAAUGAGAGUGGACGACGAGAUUUUCUGAGAGAUUCAAGAGGAGAAAAAGAAAUCCAAUUUGAAGAAUUGUCCAAUUUUUGUGCCUCAUGCACUUGUCAGACUACGCACCCCGUUGCUAUCUUUUUCCCCAUGAAGUGAUGACGACUUUUGGUUUGUAAGUCAGCUUUUUUGUUGCUCACAGAAGAAAAUCGUCUUCUGAACUCUCGGGGAAGUUUUUCUUUUAGAGGGAAGCCGUGAAUGGUUAACGCUAUUCCCCGUGAGCAUCUACACUUGUCCGGGUAUCAAUGACUUUUGGUGGGACCUGCCAUAGAAAAGAAAAGGCCUGCCUCAUUUUUUCCCGGCGCUAUUCGAAACUUGGGCGAAAAAGUCGUGAUUUUUACUCCUGAAGGUUUUACCAGGUUUUGUGAGUGUGGAAAUUUAUCUUUGGGGGCGGUCGAAAACUAUGUUCAUGUUGUGUACUCGAAAAGAGAAAAGCAGGUUUUAGGGAAUGAUGCAGCUUCUGGUGAUGUGUUUCUGCGUGAAGAAUAUUGCUUCGUGUGCGGCUAUAGCGAUGGGAAGACAAAUUUUAAAUGCACUGAGCCUGUCGGUGAUCUGGAAAUUUCUGACCAAAAUUUUGGACGUUCUGGCCUCGGCGUGUCGUUGCUUUAAGGAAAGAAGAAAGGGAUAAGCCUUGGUUAUCGAGCUAUGUGAAAGUGAUAGGAAUCCCCCUGUGCGGGUUUUCUUUCUGGGGACGAUGGAGCACGCGGGAGUGCCGGUUCUUUUUUUUUUUUUUCGAUUUGUGCAGAAAAGAAUCGAUCACGUUUUUGAAAACCCUUUGCUCGAAAUCGAGGAUUCUCGGAAACUUUCCGGAAUUGUUUCUCUUCAAUACCGGGAUUCGGACCGAAUUGAGUGAUCUUGCAAUCUCGUAGGAGUGGCUUUUUGUUUGUGUCUUCGUCAUCCUGGAAAUGCUCCCCCGAAGGCACCGAUUUUCAAGUGGGAAUCAUUAUUACUAGGUCUUGAAAAUGAUCAAAAGCAAAGAUUUGAGUAAAAUUCUCUUACCCGCAUCUUCGUGGAACAGAUUUCAAAGUUUCCUCUCUUUACUAUCGAGUUUCCCCGAGAAUAAAGCCUUAAGCCUUAAAAGGUAUGUGUAUUGGUGCGUCGCACCAUGAGAAACAGAUUUUUGAAAGUUUCUUGCCAUUUUGAAUAAGUAAAGGAAAAAAUUAUAACCUUGACUACGAGUGAACUUGGAACAGUAAGGGAAACAAGACAAGUCUGAUUUCUCAUUGGUUGAUUAAGAACGAAUGUAGAAGUAACCUUGAAAAUUUGUCUUGGUGUACUUUUCAAGUUUCAAAUUUUGACUUUAUUUCUGGAAAAGCAUGUUGAAACAUGUUCAGUCUCUACGGGAGAUCUAAAAUGUUCUAGCAUGUGAGAUUAUUUCAAUGAUCAGGAGGAAGACUGACCUCUGAAAUCUAAAUGAACCUUCCUCUACUUCCUUCAGGUGUGCUACUCACUAACUUUUAGUCUUUUGCAUCUUUACUCCAUCAAAUUGUUAUUCGAUAUAAAGUUUUGAUGCCACGAUGAGUUGAAAAUUUGUGCCUUUUGGUCAGUCACUCCGUGCGCACGAAGUUUCAAAUUUAUCUCAUUCAAUCUCACGGCUAGGAUUUUUUUUUUUACCUGGUGGUUUUGAUUUUGGUUGAUUUCGAGGAUGACUUUUGGGAGUGGGUCAGCGUAUUUAUUUUGAGCUCAAAAAUUUAGCUUUGUAUCCGGGCCAUCUUUGAUUGUGUGGAAACGUUGUCUAGUCUGUAUCCAAAACGUCGUUUGCGUGUUACUCGAUGCGUUUAUGGUCUUCGAUCCUCACUGUAUAUGAGCCUGCGGCGUUAAAAAAGGACGGGAAACAAUCGGGAAAUUUUAGCCGAGAGGUUUCGGUGGGCAUUAGUUGGAUUUUGUGUUCAAGACGAGAACCGGGAAAAGGGGCCUGGGUGGGGGGAGACAAUCUUGGUACUGAUUGAUAAUCAUUUUGAAUUUUCUCAUUCGAGAUUUCUCGGUUUUAAUUUGGUUUUUUCCCUCUUCGAAACACACCGUGUGACGUAUAAGGGGCUGCUUGUGUUUUGUCGAAAAAAAAACGAAUUUCAUGUCCCAAAAACAGAUUCCCAUGUGAUGAAACUUUCCCCUGUUUUCCUCCUGUUCGGAUGAGAUUUCGUGAGAAGUGGGGUUUUUCUUUUCAUUUUUCUUUUCGGGUGUGGGGGGUGAGCGGGAAUUGCACAUUUUUUGGACAAGGGAGUGUGGAAAAUCCCGGGGUCUUUUUUUAUGCUACCCGAAACGCCCCCUUUGGCUUUGAAUUAUUUGCAUUCGCUCUUUCAUUCGCAUCUUCUCCUCGAAAAAGUUCGCCAUACCUUACUUGUUGAGGUUUUUUCCAGAACGCUAAUAAAAAUCGUUUUGUAUUGCGCA